GGUUUGUCCAUUUAUAUAUAUCCCGUCUCCUGCUUGCGUGUAUGCGAUUGUUUUCACUUGUUUGCCUUUAGCUAUUUCAUGAUGCCAAUUGCCAUUCCUUGACCCCGAGCCAAAUAUUGAGAGACAGAGCCACAAAUGUCACUACUAGCCGCAAGAUCUCUACUGCAUUACCACUUUGACAGAACCUAUAUUUCACCCAUCUCCUCGCACCAAGAUGUGUCUAGGAAUGACUUGCUGCACCGACAAAGCACCAUCUUCAACUGAGCUUCCUACGUCCUUCCACUUAUUCGCAAAGCUACCCACUGAACUUCGUCUUCAAAUCUGGAACUACGCCAUCUUGCUCACCUCGCCAUAUAUUGGUCUAUCAUGGUCCCCAUCAGUAAAUCGUUUCGUUUCUGAUCGGAAGCCCCCUGCUAUGCUUCAUACCUCAAGCGAGUCUCGUUCAAUAUCACUUGCCUAUUGGACUUUCUCAUCUCCCAUCUUCUCUCACACCUGCAUCAAUUAUGAUCAAGACUUCUUGUGCUUCAACUGGCCAUCAAUGGGAAGCAUACCUGGUCGACUGGGUGGGAAAAUCACGGAUGAAGAAUGUAGGAAGAUAAAAAAGAUUCUCAUACACGAGCACUACCUGAUUCCGCACGUGUUUGAUAACCUACGAGAAUUCAAGAGGUUCGAAGGAUUGGAAGAAUUGGCCAUCGCUUGUCAUCAUGAUGACAUAGCGGGCAUGAGGAGGUAUGGAUACAUGUUUGCGCAAAUGUGUUUCGAUAAGGUAGAUGAAGUUGAACAUGGCUGGCCGACACACUGGCCAAAACUGGUUUGUUCAGCAAAAGCCAUGGGGCAGUGUUCUAAACAUUGGUGGUUCGAUAGAUGGAACGACAGGGUCAUGUCCAGAUCAGAUCGAAAUUGGCAAGAUAAAAUGGCGAUGCUUGUUAGGGUAACAGCUAGAAAUGAUGUUGACCCCGAAGUUUUUCAUUACAAUUCGCAAUUCCUACGUCUCGUCUUGGGGACAUAGGAAAAGGGGUGCAUCGUCCAAUUUUCUGUGCUUGGAAGGAAGUGGCAUUGCAAUUUGCACUGCAGCACUGAAAUCAACACAUGAAUACAAUUUAUAUAGCUAUUAUCUUGCACUGACUGUCACGGCCAUUUGAAUAUAAAGAAUAGAACGAUUACCGUGUAAUUCAUCUCUUUUGA